AUGGCCGAUAAGAAACAGAAAUUGGUACUUUCCAUCAUUGAGUUCCUAGAUAGCUCUAUUACAGAUGGGUCUAUCAAAAGCGACGACAAAGAGGGCAUUGAGGUUGCAAUCCAAUGCAUAGGAGAAGCAUUUGGCGUCGAUCCUUCCAAUACAGAGCAAAAGGAGAAGCUUAGCAUCAAGCCUGCGACUCUCCAGUCCCUAUUCGAAGUAUAUCUCAAGACGAAGGAUAAGGUCGGCGCUCAGGUCAGUCUCUCUCCCUAUGCCCAAAUGUCCUGUUCACCAAUCUAUGCUAUUAAGGAUACCAAAUCUGCCUCGACCCCUGCUGCAUCAACGCCAUCCGGACCCUCUGCUGCAGAUAAAGCAAAAGCGGAAAAGCACAAGCAGGACGGCAACAACUUCAUAGCCAGCAAAGAAUACAACCGCGCUGUCGACGCGUACACCGAGGCUAUCGCCUUGGAUCCCAACAACCCGGUUUACUACUCCAACCGUGCGGCCGCGUGGAGUUCAAUGGGCGAUCACGCCGUAGCUGCAGACGAUGCCGAAAUGGCCAUUGCCGUGGACCCCAAGUUCGUCAAGGCUUACUCGAGGCUCGGACAUGCGCAUUUCUCUCUGGGCGACUACGAAGCUGCCAAAGCUGCCUUUGAACGCGGCCUCGCGAUCGAGCCUAAUAACGCGAAUCUCAAGCAGGGGUUAUCCAACGCUCAAUCGAAACUUGGAGGCUCUUCUGCUGCCGCUACGACUCGUGCGCCUCCAGCUGCUUCUCCGCCUCCAGGAGGCGGUGGAUUCGACUGGAGCCAGAUGGCUAACCUUAUGGGUGGCAUGGGUGGCGGCGCAGGGGCUGGCGCCGGUGCCGGUGCCGGUGCCGGUGCUGGUGGAGCUGGCGGAGGAGGGGGAAUGCCAGACCUGGCUAGCAUGCUCAAUAAUCCACAAAUCAUGGCCAUGGCUCAGCAGAUGAUGGCAAAUGGAGGCAUGGAUCAACUGAUGCAGAAUCCGGCUAUUAGGAACAUGGCAAGUCGAGCUCAGAGUGGUGGUGGGAUGCCAAGCAUGGCUGAGAUUAUGGCGGAUCCUUCGUUGAGAGAAUUGGCAUCAAACUUUAUGGGCGGAGCAGGUCGAGGCGCACCACCGCCUGGCAAUGCCUACUAUCCAGUUAUGAAGAAUAUUGUUGUUAUUGGCGCUGGUGGAGGGGGCGUACCAUUGAUCCAGGCGCUUCAGAAACGAUUGAAUCGAGAAACGCACUUACUAGUUGUGAUUGAACAGCGAGAUUAUUAUGCCCACUGGCCCUCGUUGAUACGGGCAUCAGUCACUAAUGAGGGAUCUUUUGACGAAAGAGGACUUAUUCCCUACGAUAGGGCUUUCGGGCCCCUGGUCAACAUUGUCCAUUCUAACGUGAGGGAGAUAACUUCGGCUGCAGUAGUUACCGAUGGUGGGUCUAUACCGUUUGAGCACCUGAUUCUUGCCACCGGAAGUAUUUGGAAUGGCUCGCUGGCUCUCCCGCCUGCUCGCGUUGAUGCGAUCGAGUACCUACGAGCGUUUCGGACCAAGCUAGAAGCCGCGCAGAAUAUAGUGAUAGUUGGUGGAGGGGCUGUGGGAGUUGAAUAUGCUGGCGAGCUGCGAUAUUUCAUGCCGGACAAGAGGGUAACGAUUGUUCAUGGAGCACUAAUGAUCAUAAAUGCAACAUAUCCACCGAAAUUUCGCAAGUCGUUAUACAACGGACUCACAAAGAUGGGCGUAAACGUAAUUCUCGGAGACAAGAUCUCACCCGAAGCCAUCCCUCAAGAUGGAAUCGUGACUACGGAAAGUGGAAAGCAGAUCCAGGCAGACCUUGUAAUCAAUGCCACUGGUGGCCAGCCUAAUACAUCAUGCCUCCGCUCGCUGGAUCCUAGCGCGCUUACCGCUAGGGGGACAGUUCAUGUCACCCCUGAUCUUCGCGUCAAAUUCGCAUCUGGCACACAUAACAUCUGGGCACUAGGUGAUAUAAUUGAGUGGCCUGAACAAAAGAUGUAUCUGAAAGCUGCUACCGGACAUGCUCCCGUCCUGGUUAAGAAUAUUUUGGCCGCCAUCAGUGGUGGCAAACUUUCUGAAUACAAGGGUAAACCCGAGUUGAUCAUGGUAACACUUGGCCUCAAGGGCGGGCGUGGAUUUGCGCCAGCUAAUCCUGCCUCGGGCAAAGAAUGGGCAGUCAAACCCACCAAUCUAAUCCGGCAUAUAAUGGCGCACAACAAGGUUAAAUGGUUCCGGUGCCCUACUUCUACUUGUAAUCUUCAGUUUACGACGAGAGAUCAAGGGAACAAGCAUUUGACAAAGCAUCAUCAUGGUACCGGCGCGAUGCUAAUAGAACUGGGACCGGACCACGAGUUCCGGAUGUGGGAUGCGUAA